GUUCAAGGGGAUACUGUAAACAAAGAAUACGAUGUAAGAUUAGCUGGUGGGGAUGAAAAUGAAGGACGUGUGGAGAUUUACUUGAACGGUACAUGGGGACGAAUUUGCAAAGAUGGUUGGGAUCUGAACGAUAUUAGAGUUGUGUGUAGACAACUUGGAUUCAGCGAGAACAACCUCAUCUCUAUGUAUGGUUUUAGCUGGUAUGGUCGAAGUGAACAUCCAUUCUCCCUAACAAAUGUAGACUGCAAUGGAAAUGAAGGUUCUUUGAAAGAUUGCAAACAUGCUCCAAUAUGGAAUCUCGGUCAGUGUUCAUCAGGGAGAAAGUCCUAUGUUAAGUACGCCAUAGCUGUAUGCAAGGCCCGAAUUAGGCUAACUGGAGGCCCUGUAAACUCAUCGGGAAGGCUGGAGAUAUUCUACGAAGAAGCCUGGCGACCUGUUUGUUCUAAUACCCUAUGGACCCCAAGUACUACUCAACGGAGAAUCCAAUACGACCUUGACAUCAUUUGUGAAAUGGUGGGAAUUAUCUCAGAAAAUCCAUACAAAAUAGGUGCAAAUGCAUUCGGACAUCUCCCAUCAAAUAAUACAACACUUUGGUCCUUUGAGUCCAGCCUUUAUGGGAAAAGAUCGAGAUUCGUUGGUCGUGCUGGGUGCUCUAAUGGAGAAUACGAAAGCAUAAUUUGUCGCCGAAAUCAAACAGAAAUAGCAACAGAAGUUCGCAUUAUUGGCACAAGUGGUCAUACUGGCAAAGUGGAAAUCAAGAACUAUGGAUAUUGGGGAGGAGUGAGUCGAAGAACAGCUGAAAAUCUUCACGAGGUUGUGUGCAGACAACUGGGCUUUGAUCCCAAGAAUGCUUUUAGAAUGAUCACUCCAGAAGAAUACAAAAGAAAAACUCCCGUAUUCCCAAAAAUAUUUAAUUGCACAGGCGAAGAAGAGAGAAUUGAAGAUUGCUGGCAGAGCUCUUUAAUGGUCUAUUAUAAAGGUGUUACUAGGGUUUACGAUGGAUAUGACUUACACGUCACUUGUGAUUUUCAAUUACGAUUGGUUGAAAGUGAGCCCGGCUCAAAAGUUGGUCGAGUGGAAGUUCUACACAAUGGGAGAUGGAAUUCCAUUUGCGGUAAAUUUAAUCCAAGAGGCGCAGUAGUAGUUUGUAAGAAACUGGGGUUGAAUUGGAAAUUUGCUCAACCGUUAGACAACAUACCAAACUUGCCAAAUAUCACCCACUCGCUUGCCCUGAAAUUCGUGAGCUGUAAUCCAAAUGUUGAGCAAGGUGAAUGUUUACAUUCAUUUGGAAGAUGCUUUUCUGGACAUGCCAAACUUUUGGAAGCUGGAGUCUCAUGUGGGAGUAAACUAUUUAGUGAUCCAAAGCCGGCUAAUCAGAUUCGAAUAGAGUAUCGUGGUACGUAUGUCCAGCUCCAGGUACAAGGUAGUCUUGGUGAAUGGUUCCCUGUUUGUGGCACCAACUGGACAACAGAGACUUCGCAGGUUGUUUGCAAACAAUUGGGAUUUAAAGCUCAUUAUGGCUUCACUCUUAAACCAUAUGAAAUAUAUGGGGACUACCAGAGGCAAAUCAUAACUAAUUUGAAUUGCAAUGGAAGUGAGAAAACGCUUGGGGAUUGUUAUUAUACUAAGUGGACAGCACUUUACGGCCGUGCGAGUCCUUGGCAUGAAACGCAAGCACUUGAAUGUGGCUCAAAUGGGAUUCAGAUAUCUUGUGUUGAUACAUCAACGAGACCCCGAUUAGUUGGAGGCCAGAGUAACAGCACUGGUCAACUUGAAAUAUGGUAUAAGGACAAAUGGAGGAAGGUUUGCCUUUUCAAAGGUUUAGCUAUUGAUGGAACAAGAUAUAUUAAGGGAGUAAAAGAAUUUAAUACGAGAGCAGCUGAAUCAGCGUGUUUUAGUCUGGGACACAAAUAUGGUAGAGUGGGAACAUAUGGUGCAUUUAAUAAAAAGACACAUGCAGGCAAACGUAAAAAAGGCAUUUGGAUUAGUUGUUCAGAAUAUGAUGUAGUACAGACGUGUAAAAUUAUAACAAGAUAUUGUAGUAGUUUUCUCCUUGUUUCCUGCUUCAAUGAAAAACCAAAAUUGGUUGAUUUUGUUGACUUCGAAAUGUUCGGAGAAGAAUCUCGCAACCCUAAUCAGUACUAUGACCUGGCAUAUGGCAUUCUCGAAGUUGACGGCCAUGAGGUCAAAAAAGAUAUUUAUAUUGAUCUUGACGGCCAUGAAGUCCAAGAAGCCAUUGAUAUUGAUCUCUACAUUUGUGCCAGCAAGUUUGGUAUAAAAGAAGCAAGGGUUGCUUGCCGUCAGCAUGGUUUUGAUCCAAGGAAUGCUGCGGUUGACACCUUCUCCCAUUACAGAUGCUUUCAAUUUCCUUAUACAUAUGGCGGCCGGUUUAUCGAUUUCGUAAUGAGUGAUGUCGUCUGCAAUGGUGACGAAUACAAUCUCGCUGACUGCUCGUUUAACCACGGUGACAACGUCUCGUGUCCUACUGAGAGAAGGGCAAGUGUAAUAUGUGAAAAAGUCCCUGUGCGACUUCAAAUAGACCCAAAUCAAAGAGGGCAAAAUUCAGGACAAGUUCAGAUCUUUGUUGAUACUGAGUGGAGAAAGAUAUGUUUCUCUACAUGGAAUGUUAAAGGUGCUCAAGUUGUUUGUGAACAACUCGGACUAGCACAUGGAAACGUAUCAAUAUAUAAAGGAAACGUUUCAAGAUAUGAAAAUCAUAAAGAUUCUUGGGACCAGGCUUAUUGGGAGAUGAUUGAUGAUGUACGAUGUACUGGUAAUGAGAGACACAUUGGCCAAUGCAACUUCAAUUACAAAAAUAAUGAUUUCUACAAAGAUUCAUGGUGCUUUAGUGAAUGGCAACGAAAGACCUAUUGGAAAAGAUGCAGCGAUGGUAACGUAGCUGGGGUAAUAUGUGGCUAAAGUAGAAGCAAGAAAACAAAUUUAUGAAUUAUUUUAUAUAUUUGAUCUUUUAACGUGCAAAUAAAU